GUGGGCCACACAUUAGAGACGUUUCGGAUUUCUAACCUCUCGUUUGAAAGGACAUCGAGUGUAUUAUCUGUUAUUUUUUCGACGAAACGAUAACGGGAACGGAUAAUAGUAUCAAUAAAUGAAUCACAAGGGAAAUAAUAUGUCGAUAGGAGGUUAUUCACAGCUGUUCUCUUCUGAUUUUUGUUAAAAUUCUCCGCUGAACCAUACGUCGUGUAGAAAAUUUCUUAAGAAUGACGCCGUUUCUCGAUUGCUCAUCGAAAAUUUGCAGAUAUAACAUGUAAAAACAAUACAAUGGCGUAUUCCGUGAAUAUCUCUAUAGAAGCCCCGAUCGAGAACCAGAUACAGGAGAUCUCCUACGAUGGACAAGAAAUUUACCAAGCGCCUCUUACAUUGUCGGAGAACCUGGCGAAAAUUGCUCAAAAAAUUGACUUCAGCAAAACAAACGGCGAUGAGAUAAACAAGGAACAAUUGGAGAGUAGCGAGAAGAAUGAAGAAGAUCAAAAGGAUUCAGCCUCAUUUCAGUCCUCUUUAUGGCCAUGGGAUAGUAUUAGAAAUAAAUUAAGAAAUGCAUUGACAGAGGUGUGUGUGUUGGCCGAUGUACUCGCAAUAGCUAAAGAGAAAAAUUACAUGGUGCUAGACCCGGUACCUCAAGAGUCAGUUGAGAUAAAGCCUAUGAUGCAAGUGUAUGCUAGGAAGAAAGCACUCACCGGAGCAGGGAAUCUCAUCAUUCAUGGUGCCCAAAGACUGCAGAAUAGUCAAGCUGAAUUGGCGAAAAAUAGGUCCACUCCUGACUUUCACAUUGAAUUGUUGAGGUUACGGCAAAAUUGGCGUUUGAAGAAGGUGGCGAACUCUAUCAUCGGUGAUCUUAGUUAUCGAACUGCUGGCUCCAAGUACACACAGACGGGCAUGUUUGAGGUAACUAAAGCUGAGGAUGAGGAAAGAAGUAGUAACAGCCCUCCAGCAUCUCCCAACACUGGUAGCAGUACAUCGGGACAGCCUCAUGGUCUCUCAAAUUCGAAAGCGUCUGCAUUGCGCGUAACCAUACCCAGCGAGCUACAAGGUGUUGCUUACAUCGAAGUACUGUGUCAGAAAGAUCAAGAAGAUCUGUGCAGUGCGAAUAUAAGUCUACUCAAUAGCAGUGCGAAUAGUUCAAGCACAGACAUGCACUGGCAGCAGAAAUUGGAAGCAGCGCAGAAUGUGCUGUUCUGUAAAGAGCUGUUUAGUCAAUUAGCGCGGGAAGCUGUGCAUUUGCGCGCGCCUAUACCUCAUAUGGUUGUAGGAAAUCAAAUAAUGGCCACGGUACUUCCCGGAAUUCAACUGAUAAUUGGCCUGUGCCACAGCACAGGCAACGACAAGAAGCCCACGGCUCCGCCGCCGCACAAAUCGGACCACGAUCACGUAUUGGAGCAUUCCUUGCAUCAGCUGUUGCGCGAAGUGCAUCACAAAAACACGCACCACCCGUUGCCGCAUCCUUCCUCGGGUCCGCUCGGUCCCAGUAAACGUAGGUGCUUAGCCGGCCCCACCGCAGCCGAUAGAUACGAGCUUCUGGAAAUGGCGAAGAGUCAAACGCUACUGGAACAAAUUAUUCAACAGGCGCAACACUUUUUCAUGCGUUUGCGUACAGAAUAUGUGUUGGACACGAUAGCGAAGGAGGUGAAAGAUCCCCUCAUCGUUUCGCACUGGAACGCGCUCAACUCGCCUACACAGUCCUGCGUGAAGAUUAAUAUCCUCACGCACGGCUAUGACAGCGUGUGUCGGACCUCACUGGUCGUCCACGUUGGGGAAAAGUCGUUGAAGUGCGUUUGCCGCGACGGUAGAGUCAUGCAUAUGAGUUACGAGCCUCAGGAGCUGAGAGACCUAAUUUUUUGUCAGAUUUAUCAGCAUCAGAUAACUGCAGUGCAGGCUUUGGCCAAAUGCAUGGGUUGGCAGUUUUUGGCGAACAGCUCACAUCUUGGUGUGGGUUCGGUGGAACCUCUAGGAAAUGCCAGUAGUUGCAUUCUAGCUUCGCCGAUUGGGGACAGAAUGAUAGCCGUACGAUGUGAACCGCAAACCGGCGUACAGGUCUCCAUUGCUCAUUCGCCUCGGAAGGACUUUUUCCCGGGUCAGCUUGUUCGUGAGAGGAAAUGGGAGAACCUAGGUGGCUCCUUCAAAGAAGUCAGAUGGGACAAGAUGGAGGGAAAAAAUUUCCUCAACAAAAUGGAGCUACUCAUGGCUUCCUUAACGAGUUCUUAAGUAAUGCGAGAAAUUAUGGCGACAAUGAGAAGUCGACGUAAGGAGAAAAAAUCUUUCAAGAUAAUGUUCGUAAUAAUCUUGUUUUUGGAAUAAUCUAUUUCCCAAACGGAAAAUACAAGACGUUUUAUCAAAACGUAUUUUGAUUUUAUCAUGAAUAUUUUCUUUUCUCGAGAAAAUAUUUCGUACAAUUGCAAUCGGUACUCCUGCCUUCCUAGUAAAGAUUCUUUUAAUGAAAAUUUAUGGCUUUCCUUAAAAAUUGAGUUUUUCUUACAAUGUGAAACAUUUUUAAACCUUUUUCAUAAAGUUGAACGAAAUUUAACUUAUGAAAUAAUCAAAUUUCUUAUUUCGUCUCUAGUGAAAUUUUGAUAAUGUACAACAAUGUCUGAAAUGUUCUGUUUAGAUAUAACAUUUGUUUAACUAUUCAUUUUUUUUUGUAAAAUAGAAAAAAGAAAAAUGAGUACAACUUUGAGGUAUUUUUUUUUAACUUCGGUUCAUGUAAUUGUUUUAAGAUAAAUUCAAGAUUAUGUACAAAAAAUUAUACUCUGUAGAAAAAUCACCCUUAACGGUGGUAAUAAGCCGAAAAUUACUCUUGGAAAUGAAAACAAAACACCAAGUGAAUUUGAACCAGCGUUUGAACGUAUUUUUUGCAAAAUAAUAUUAAAUAAUUAGUAAUCUAUGUAUAAAAACUAUUAAAUCAUAAUAUAACCCCUUCUAUAAGGAUUGAACAACUAUAAGGAUUUAAAUUAACUCUGAAGGUGGUUCUUGCAUGUAGGGGUAGUUUAGUGGUAAGAAAAUUUUGGGAAAAUUUUUUUCCACAUAUAUUUGACGUCUACUCGAAUUUGAUCUACCACUUUUUAUAUAAAUUUAAUCUGUGAAACUAUUACACAACAAAAAUUAGCGUUAAAGAGUUAACAAGAGGGGGAAUUUAUACAGCCGAAGUUGUACAAAAAUUAGUUUUAUUUGAUUGCCAUAUGAAAUGCAAAUGUGAGUUGGAUAAUAAACGAUUGCGAGUUGCAGUGAUUGGA